CACUUAAACUGGGCAAGAGAACAAGGAAAUCAUCCCUUGUCGUUCCUGAACACCACUGAACCCUAAAAGUCCACCGGACAAUUUCGAAAACUUUUCGAUGAGAAACAUCUCCAGGGAGCUGAGGGCAAAAACAGCAGAACACGAUGACUACAUCUGAGAAGUGUACCCUUGUGGAAGACUACAUUAAGAAAUUUUACCUCCCAGCCAUGUACCUGCUCAUCCUCAUCGUGGGGCUGGCUGGUAAUGCCACAGCUAUCAUCAUCUACCUGGUCAAGCUCCGUCCCUGGAAGAGCAGCAGCAUCAUCAUUGUGAACCUGGCAGUGACAGACCUGCUCUACACCUUAAGCAUGCCUUUCCUUGUGCAUUUCUACAUCACUGGAAACUGGACUCUGGGAGAGCUCAUGUGUCGCUUCGUGCGUUUCUGUUUCCACUUCAACCUGUACGGCAGUAUCCUUUUCCUCACCUGCCUGAGCGUUUUCCGGUACGUGGUGGUGGUACAUCCACUGAGGGCGGCUCAGGUCCAGAGGAAAUGCUGGGGUCUCCUGGCCUGCCUUGGGGUCUGGGUCAUCACACUUGUGGAGAUCAGUCCAAUGCUUACCAUGAUUACCACCGAACAAACCAACAACACAACGCUGUGUCUAGACUUUGCCAGCAACAAUCCCUCGCAGAUCUGGUGGUACAGCUGGCUGCUGACUGUCCUGGGUUACGUGGUGCCCUUGGUGGUGGUGUUCUGGAGCUGUACCAGCAUCAUGCACGCCCUGGCCCAGGGUGCGAACGUGGGGAGACCGAGUCGGGUGAGGGCUCGCAGGUUAUCCAUGCUUAUCCUGGUGGUCUUUGUAGUCUGCUUCCUGCCCUACCACAUGCUGCGGGCGCUAAGGGUGAACAGCCUGAGGGCAGGCAGCGCUGUUGCCUGCUGGGAAAAAUGCGCGAUAAACACAGCCUACACUGUGUCCAGGCCCCUGGCCGGGCUCAACACCUUCUUCAACCUGGCGCUCUUCACGCUGGCCGGAGACAGGGUUCAUCAGGCCGUCCACAGUCUCAUGCGUACGAGGGUGCACUCCAGUAGCUCUGUGGCCGUCAUCUACGGUGACUGAUCUUUUCAAGUCCACAAAGAUGGGCGAUGACGGCGGUUAGUGGUGUUUCCCGCUGGUUCAGGCUUCAUCAGGAAUGUAUGGUCAUUUUAUUUUAAGAUUUACUCAUAUUUGAUUACAGGAUUAGUAUGGGCUGUUGAACAAAUAUGAGGAGGC